AUGUUAACAACUAAUAAUGUUAAUUAUCUUUACAAAAUUCUUUCAACAAAACAUGAACUACCACCUUCAAUUUCUUCCCCUACACCGUCUUUAAUUUCUUCUCUAUCUAAUUACACUCUGCCGUUAACACAAUUGGAUAUUGAUGAUGGAUUUAUUCAUCUUUCAACAGCUAGACAAGUUUUAACUGUUGCAAAUUUAUUUUUCAAAAAUGAAAAAGAAAUAACUCUAGAUAGAAAAGAAAUAAUUGAUACUCUUGUCAGUGGUUUGGCUCGUCUGGAAUAUCGUGGUUAUGACUCGGCAGGGUUAGCAGUUGAUGGUGAUGAAUCUGAAGAAGUUUUAAUAUAUAAACAAGUUGGAAAAGUUGGUGCUUUAAAAAAAUUUGUUUCGGAGCAACAAGUUGAUUUUGAAAAACAAUUUGUAAAUCAUUGUGGUAUGGCUCAUACUCGUUGGGCUACUCACGGUGAACCUUCGUCAACAAACUCACAUCCUCACAGAUCCGAUCCAAAGGCCGAAUUUACCGUUGUUCAUAAUGGUAUUAUUACAAACUAUAAAGAGCUUAAAUUAGUUCUUGAAAAAAAAAAUUACAUAUUUGAAACUGAAACCGACACUGAAGCUGUUGCUAAACUUGCUAAAUAUUUAUAUGAUUCUCAAAAGGCUAAUCAAAAUUUAAGUUUCACCUCCCUUGUUAAAGGUGUAGUUAAAGAAUUGGAAGGAGCAUUUGCUUUAAUCUUUAAAAGUGUUCAUUUUCCAAAUGAAAUCGUUGCAACACGUCGUGGAUCUCCUCUUUUAAUUGGUGUAAAAACAGAAAAAAAAUUAAAAGUUGACUUUGUUGAUGUUGAAUUUGGAACAGAUGAUAAAGUUGAACCGAAUUUAUUAACAUCUCCAACUGAUGGUCAUCCUAAACUCAGACGCAGUCAAUCACGUGCUUUUCUUAGUGAAGAUGGUUUACCUCAACCUAUCGAAUACUUCCUUGCAUCCGAUCCUUCUGCAAUUGUUGAACAUACAAAAAGAGUUCUUUAUUUAGAAGAUGAUGAUAUAGGGCAUAUGAGUGAAGGAGAAUUACAUAUUCAUCGUUUAAGACGCGAUGAUGGAAUAUCAGCUGUUCGUUCCAUUCAAACUUUGGAAAUUGAACUUGCAGAAAUUAUGAAAGGAUCUUUCGAUCACUUUAUGCAAAAAGAAAUUUUUGAACAACCUGAAUCUGUGGUAAAUACUAUGCGUGGUCGUGUCAACUUUGAAAAUAAUAAGGUGACGCUUGGUGGUCUUAAAGCUUAUUUAGCAACUAUUAGACGUUGUAGACGUUUGGUUUUCUGUGCAUGUGGUACAAGUUAUCAUUCUUGCGUGGCUACACGUGCAAUUUUUGAAGAAUUAACUGAAAUUCCCAUUUCUGUGGAAUUGGCCAGUGAUUUCUUGGAUAGAAAAACUCCAAUAUUCAGAGAUGAUGUUUGUGUAUUUGUCUCACAGUCUGGUGAAACUGCUGACACAAUCCUUGCAUUAAGAUAUUGUCUUGAACGUGGAGCUUUGUGUUUAGGUAUUACAAAUACUGUCGGUUCUAGCAUUUCACGUGAAACACACUGUGGUGUUCAUAUCAAUGCAGGUCCCGAAAUUGGAGUUGCUUCUACAAAAGCUUAUACGUCUCAAUAUAUUUCAUUGGUCAUGAUGGCUAUUCAAUUAAGUGAAGACAGAUCAUCAAUGACACAAAGACGUAAUGAGAUAAUCAGCGAACUUAACAAAUUACCAAACCAUAUAAAAGAAAUUCUUACUCUUGAUAAAGAGUUAGAACAACUUGCAAAAGAUGUUUUACACAAAGAAAAAAGUCUUUUGAUUAUGGGUCGUGGUUAUCAACAUGCCACAUGUCUCGAAGGUGCCUUGAAGAUAAAAGAAGUUUCUUACAUGCACUCUGAAGGUAUUUUGGCUGGCGAAUUGAAACAUGGUCCUUUAGCACUUAUUGAUGAAAAUAUGCCAGUCAUUCUUAUUAUGACAAAAGAUUCCUUGUACCCGAAAGUACAAAGUGCACUUGAACAAGUAUCAGCUCGUAAAGGUCAACCAAUCAUUAUUUGUAAUGAUGGUGAUGAAGGAAUAUCGAAUCAAUACAAAACAAUUCGUGUUCCUCAAACUGUUGAUUGUUUACAAGGUCUUCUUACAAUUAUUCCUUUGCAAUUAUUGUCAUAUCAUUUAGCUGUUAUAAAUGGUGUUGAUGUAGAUUUCCCAAGAAAUUUGGCUAAAUCUGUAAGUAUAAAUGUUAGUCAUUUGACAUGA